UUUUGACCUGGGCCAAUGAUCAUGGCUUUGGUGUUUGUUCUCGCAUUGUUGGUGCGGGCGCUAAGUGUCAGUGUCAAUACUGAUGUGCUCAUGCUCGAGAACGUGCAGCGGCGCGAGGUUGAUCUGCAAAAGCACAUGAUACCUCCGCAGCACGAGAUUGAGCAGAGGAAUGAGCAGCAGAGCUGGGUGGACAUGUCAUCUCUGCUCUUUGCUCUGCUGGAUUACUGGAAGAUCUGGUUCAAUGUGGGGCUGAUUCUGUUGCUCCUUUGGAACAUGUUGCAGUCCAUACAAAUGAGCCAGCAUGAUGAAAGCAGCAGUGAAAAUGACAGCUCCAGUGGCGAGGAGGAGGCAUCGGGGGCGGAGCAAGAGGAAGAGGAAGAGGUGGAAGAGGAGGAACAGGAGGAACAUCAGGAGGAACAGGUGGAACAGCAGGUGCAGGAGGAACAGCAGGUGCAGGAGGAACAGGAACGGGUGCAGGAGGAACAGGAACAGGAAGAAGAGGAGGAUGACGAGGAAGAAGACUUCAAAGAUUCAGCACUGACAAAAUUUCUCACAAGGCGUGCCCUGGAAAAGGUGGAAGGAAGGGCCACCAGGUGCCCUAUAGUGGAGGAGCUGAUGAACGAGCUCGUGCAGACCUUCAGAUUCAUCUGGUCCAACAGCUUCUUCCCGGUGCUGCAGCCCGCCAUUGGGGUGGGCAGUGCCUUUGAAGGCUGGAGUCCCCGGGAGUGGGACAAUGUGUACUGCCUGCUCGUGCCCAUAGAGCCUCCCCCCGGGCACACCUUCCUCCUGGAGCUGGGAGAUGAAGGGCACGGGCUGGCAAGGAACUCCCGCGUCCGCGUGGAGCUUCAGUGCAUGUGCCAAAGGGAGAAGCAGCUGGGGAAUGUGCUGUGCUUCCUCCACCACCAUGAGGAAGAGCUGAGCCAAAAUCAGGACCCCAGCCUGCUACAGACUCUCUGCACUGACUCCUACCUGGAUGUGGAGAGAACUGUCACCUGGUUCACCGCACAGGUGGCAGCAAUCUGGAAGACCACCCACCACGCGCACGCCUACAGCCUGAAGGUGCUGCCUUCCAGACGCUCCUGCAAGCUCCAGCUGACAGAAGCCUACAGCGGGGAAAAAGUCCUCGUCGAGCUGCUGUUCGGGGUGCAGCAAGAAUACUCGGACAUCUACCUGACCAGCCAGAACACAGACGCCGGCUUUACGCCCAGCACAACAUGGCCACAGAGCUGCGCUGUGGCAGAAAAGAAGUUCUUCCAGCACACGGCCAGGAGUACCGGACAGGACAGCUCCCACCUGCACUGCCUGACGUUGCUUGCCAGCAUCUUAGUGGGCAUGGGCUUUUCCACCUAUGUCAUCAAGACUCUUGUCCUCCACAGUUUGGCCAUCAUCCCUUUGAAGAAGUGGCGCAGGAAGUAUUUCCUGAAUCGGAUGGAGAAUCUCCUGCGGUACCUGCGCUUCUGCCUGGAUGAGAAAUGCCUGAACCACUUCUUCCUGCAGCAAGUCGGUGCACAGCACGAUGUCCUGCCGCAGUCCUUCCGAUCCGCCAAGCCGCUCAACCUCUUCCAGCACCUGGAGGAGGACCCGGACGCCCACUCCAUAGCGCUGCGUGAGUUCAGGGAGCUGAGAGAUCGCUACAUCAGACUGCUGCUGUUCGGACGCUGAGAGAGACCUUUGUCCGAACCCUUCUCUUGUUU